AUGCAGCUCUGCUCUUCAUUGUAUGAAGGUUUCCUACUAUACAGUGUAUUCUCUCACUACAGCUGGCUAUCGUACAAAGACAACAGAGGAGCUCUCUCCCUCCUCGGUCUCUCUGGCCCUCAGAGCCCCCAUCGCAUCCUCUUUGUGGCUGAUCAACAGCUGAGUCCCUUCACCCACAGUCCACAAUCCAGGGCAGUCCUGGCUCUCCCAGGGCAAGAUGUACCCUUUGUACGAGGCAGCAUGACAGAGCUGCAGGUUCGAAGCCACCGGCCAUCGUACAUCAAUGCCAUUCUCAUUCAAUCUCGCGGCCGGACGGAGCCACAUGCAUGCCUUGCCUGCCGGAGUGCUCAUCCAGGUCUUCGGCCAUUCCCAGAAUGCCGUCGCCUGCCUGGCCACUUUGGUGGAGCUUGUGGCAACUGCAAAUGGCGUGAUCAUGCCAUUCGCUGCUCCGUACGAGAUGGGGAAGGGGUGGAGGUGAUAGAGAUUGUGGAUGAUGAUGAUGAGGAGGAUGGCCCUCAACGGCGGAUGAGGGGUCCCUCUGAACAGCAGCUGCUCACAGCUGGUUCAACACCUGCUGCUCCUAUAAUCCUUGAUUAG